CAGUAUAUAUACAUUCACCUUGGCUCAGGUUGGGCAUUAUAUUUGGGAAGUGUGAACGAAUCAUAGCAUUGUUUAUAAAACUGAAUCUAUUAAAUAAAUCUAUUGUACAUGUUUCAUUCUCGGAUACGUAAAAUAUAUUGAAGAAUGGGAAAUAUUUUCGGACACAAGUAAUUUUUGGGAUACGGUGUUGGUAUGACUGAACCGCUAUACCGCAACCGUAUAAAUUUGAAUUCGCUGCGCGAGAAGAGGAUUUAGGUGGUUAACUAACGUUUUGCGUGACAAGUUCGUGGUGUGAAGAUUGGUUACGAUCAUGGCAUAUGAAUAUAAUGUCCCGCACAUGGAUUUCGUGGAGAAGUUCCAUCAAGAUGAUGGGGCGGACGCUUUCUUUGAUAUUCAUGAACAGUUAGAAAAUAAACUUUCACUAAAUGAAUCAGAGGAAUUGGAGUCAAGAAUUGAGGAAAUUCCAACUGUUUCUCAUUCAGAAGAUGAUGCUUUAACUUGUGUUACCUGCCUUCCAGACCUGGAAAAAAGAGAAAAUGGGGUGCUACAAGAAAUUACUGGUAGUGUUCAGAAUAUUGCGGAAAACAGAAAGAGGAAAAGUGAUGUUGAUCAUAAAAUAAUGAAAUUUAUAAGCCUUGCAGAAGGUGUGAAAGAGUUUCAGGGCCACAUACGGAGUACUUACCAUUCACAAUCUCAGAAGAUUGGAGCUGAAGAGAGAGCACAAAAAGAAAUAGAAGAAAUAGAGUCAUUCAAGUUAAAAGCAAAACCAGUGAAUAAGAAAAUAUUUGAACCUCCCCAAUUAGGUCGAAGAGUUCCUAGAGCCCCAUUGGUUGUAGAACCAUUUAACUUGACAGAGUAUAAAAGAAAGGAAACAAAAGAAUCAUCGCCGUUCCAAUUUAAAGCAAAACCUGUGCCAAAAGGAAUGCUACAACAUCCAUUAGGUGUUCCUGAUAAGAUUGUUUUGCCUGUUACUUCUCCCCAUACACCAUCAUUUGUUGCAAAACAUCGAAGUAAAAUUCAGACUAUUGAAGAAAUUAAUGGUAAGUUGACAGUCGUUGAAAAGUCUCCUGUUCAUACAAAUGUGCCCAUCGGAAAGAUGCUUGACAAAACACUGCCCCAACCAUUUAGUUUUGAAGAGAGAGACAAGUUAAUGAUGAAAAACAAGGAAGAGAAGAUUAAAAAGGUGUUGCAAGAAGAAAAAGAAGCAAGAAUUUUUCAUGCAAAUCCUGUUCCAACUUAUAUAAAAAAAUGUACAAAAGAGAUGUGCAAUGAAUCCAGAUCUCCAUCACGUGUUACUCUUCCAAAUGAUCAAGAAAAGAAUGUGCCUUUCAAAGCUCAACCUGCAACUGUUCUACUGAAAGAACCAUUUAAACCCAAAUUGCCAGAACGCUCUUUUACGCAACCUGGUAAUGUAACUUUGCAUACCGAACAUAGAGCCCUAUCAAGAAAAGAAUAUGAUGAAUAUUUAAAAUUACGAGCUGAAGAAAUAGAGGCUGAACGCCAAAGGAGGAAGGAGUUGGAAAUGAUAAAGCAAGAAAAAGAAGUUGCACUACUCAGACAGCAAGCGGUCCACAAAGCACAACCGAUCAGAUCAUACCGACCGAUACCAGAUCGACCAAGAACUGCAGUAACUUCACCAGCUACUCCAAAAUUUAGCAAAAGAUUUAAUAAGUAAAGAACUUGUGAGAUUUAUAUUAUUUUGUACAGUUUUGAAAUGCUCUUUGAAUCAGUUCUGCAGGGAAGAGUUUUAUAGGUAUUGGUAUUAAAAGCACUAUUACCUUAUAUGAUUAAUCACAAAAGCAAUUAUAUUAUGCAGUUCUGGGUCCAAAUCUUUUAUAUCUUAAUUGACUCUCAUUACUUUGAGAAAAUUGGUACACAAGAUAGUGCAUAUUGACCAAACUAGACAUUCUAGAUUUUCGCGAAUAAUAACCCUCUUGUGACAUCUCCUACUUGAGAAAAUAAUCGGAAUUAAAAAUACCAAAAUGACAGAGGUGCUUGUGAUUUUUCUAAAUAUUCUAUUUGUUCUCAAUCAUCCUUCACCUUACAAAAAUAUUGAAUUCUAAACUUGCAAAUUAAGAAUGAAAUGAAUCCAUUUUAGGAUUUUACUGAUCAUGGAAUAUGCAUUUCAUUAAAAUCCAAGAAAAAAGAUUCUCUAAAACUCUUCAGUUCCUGAAGUUUGUUAGAUGUUUAGUAAAAUGGUUUCCUUGACCUUAUAAUUGCAUGAGAAGUCUUCAUUGUUCAUAAGUGAGAUUUAUUUAAAGAUGGAAACUCAUCCUCCUAAUGUAAAUAUUAUUAAUAAUAAUGAAUGAAAUAGUUUUAAAAAGGUAAAUAAAUAUUAAUUUUUUUAAACAA